AUGCCACCCAAAACUAGCGGUAAAGCAGCUAAAAAGGCCGGUAAGGCUCAAAAAAAUAUUUCCAAGUCUGAUAAGAAAAAGAAACGCAGGAGGAAGGAAAGCUACGCAAUUUACAUCUACAAAGUGCUGAAGCAGGUACAUCCAGAUACCGGUAUUUCCAGCAAAGCGAUGAGCAUCAUGAACAGCUUCGUCAACGAUAUUUUCGAACGUAUCGCAGCGGAAGCAUCCCGAUUGGCACAUUACAACAAACGUGCCACGAUAACUAGCAGAGAAAUUCAAACAGCCGUUCGACUAUUGCUACCAGGAGAAUUGGCCAAGCACGCCGUCAGCGAAGGUACCAAAGCCGUAACCAAGUACACCAGUUCGAAGUAA